AGCUGCGGCGUCUCCUCUUUCCUGCGUGGCCCCUGCUUUAUUGUUAUCCGAGGGGUCAGGACCCGAGGCCACUUGCAUUAUUGAUGCUCCUUCCUAAGGCGGGAGACUAGGGAGGGCUGGACCUGUAGACCCCACCAGAGACGAACCAGAAGCGGGUGGUGCGCUGCGGAGGGUCUGAGGAAACCGGCGGGCAGCCAGAUCGUCAGGAAGAGGAGAGGACGAAGGCACCGGGAAGCCCCUCUUCACCGGGUCCGCCAUGGGCGGGAGAAAGGGUAAAGCGCCUCGGCGGCCCGAGAGACCCGAGAGGCGGGCCUCGGGGGAGCAGGAGUCCAGGUCUGCCAGCGCAGACGGCGCGCCCAGCGAGGAGCGCCGACCCGGCCGCAGUAAGGCCCGAGUACCCAGACCGGUCUUGGAGUCGGCCUCCGCGGGAGGCCAGGGGACCCCUGGUGGCCGCAGGAAGCCCUCCGCCGAGGGUAACAGCGGCUGCAGGCGGCCAGGCGCUGGAUCUCCACCAACCGCCCAGGGAAGACAAGGCAGCGCCAGGCGGCGGGGACGGGGGCUCAAGGAGAGCCGCGAGUCCGGGGACAGCCGUGGGGGGCGCCUGGAGGGCAGUCUCCCCCAAGGAGAGGGGAGAACAAGUGAGCCCGGCCACCGCAGGAGGAAAGGAAAAGGGCGGGCACCCUCGGCUCGGCGGGGCCGACGGAAGUCUCAGAGCCUCGAUGGGCACACGUCCGGCCCGGACGGGGACAGCUCCUGCCCGGAUAGCGAAGCCCGAGAGGCCCAGGAGAGCAGCAGCCAGAGCGGCGGGGCUCCGGAGCUGCAGCCCAAGUCAGAGCAAACGGACACGGGCUCGGGAGGCACCCAGAGCGGGUCGGAGUCGGCCCGGGAGCAGGGCGAACAUCCGAGCACGGAUGAGCCCCGGAGCCAGGAAGAGUCGUCGGGGACGGGACCCCAGAAAGAGCCGGAGGAUCCCGGGACAGACACGGACUGGAGUACGCAGGGGGAGGGGGCCGGGCCUGGACGCGGCGCACAGGCAGCCCCAGUAUCAGCGAGCCAGGCCACGGAGGCCAAGGACUCUGAGCCGGGCAGAAAAGCCGGGCCCUCCGGCCCCCUCGAGGGCAGCCCCGCGGGCGUCCCACAGAGCUCCCGGGCUUCUCUGGACCCAAGGCCGACCCGGGACGCAAGUGACAAGAGGGCGCAGCCGGAGGCGGAGCAGCGGGGAGCAGAGUCCGGAGGAGCUGGGGCCUCGACUGCCAGGGCUCCGCACCGCCAUGUGGGAAAGGUGGUGGGGAAGGUGCAUGCGGCGGCGGCCGGCGAGAACGCAGCAGGGGGCGCAGGGGGAGCCGCGCCCGGGGACCCAGCGCCGCUGGCCGCCCUCGUGACGCUCCAUCGGCUCCGCGCGAGGCCGACACCAGGCCCUGCUCCCCAGGCCGUGGGUCCGCGUCGUGCCGGCCUCAAGGAGAGGCUCCUGCGUGUGGCACGGGCCCUGGGAUUCCUGCAGUGGCUGUGGCGUCGGCUCCGGCUGCGCGCGAACGGGAGGCAGGAGGCGGGCCCGGAGGAGGGGUCGCGGGCGGGCGAGGGGCGGGGUCGCGGGCCGGCGCUACGGCGCCGUCUAGGGCUGCGCCUGGCGGGCGUAGUGGGGCUGGGGGUGCGGCCGAGGGCUCCCCCUGGCGGCAGUCCGCUCUCCCCGCAGGCAACCGAGAGCCCAGCCUGCCACCACCCUUCUGAGGACGAGGACCCCACUCCGGAUCCCAAGUUCGCGGUCGUGUUCCCGAGGAUCCACAGGGCGGGGAGGGCAUCGAGCAGCCGGAGCUCAGAGGAAGCGUCCGCGGACGCUCCUGCCGCGGAAGGGCGCGUUUGGCCUUGCGCAGGGCCCUCAAGGGACAGUGAGGUACCCACGGUGAGUGGAGAAAAUGUGGCCGGGCCCCGCCGCGGCUCUCUCCUCGGGGGUGUCCACGGGGGGACUUCCCGUGACGAGCCCCCCCAGGAAGAGAGCAGCUCCAGCAGCGAAGCAGAGCCAGAGACCUUGGAAGCCGAGGCUCCGGUGCACUGGGCUCGGAGCUCAGACACCGGCGAGGACCCUGGGCUUGCCACAGACGCGCUGCUGCCCCGGCUCACUUUGGAGAGGAGCCCAGGUCCGUACCGGUCGCAGAGGGAGCGGUGGGAGCCAGAAGAUGAGGUCGAAGAGGCGCUGGAGAGGGAGUUGGAGCUGAGCCUUGGGUCAGGCCUGGAGCCGCCGUCCUUUCUGGGGGCCGAGGGCAGGAGCCCAGGCGCCGUCCUGGAAGACACGGAGGACCUGGCUUGGCUGCAGCCUCUGUGCGACAGCUCCGUUCUGCUGUGCCUCAAGAAGAGGUUUCGCCUGGGCCGCAUCUAUACCUUUGGGGGGCCCCUCCUGCUCGCUCUGAACCCCCGCUGGCCCCUGCCUCUCUUCUCACCUGAGGUCCUGGCCAGCUACCACCCCAGCAAGGCCCCCAACGCCGCCCCACACGUCUUUGCCAUCGCGGCCUCAGCCUACAGCCUGUCUCAGAGCACCGGGCAGGGCGUGUGCAUUCUCCUCAGCCCCUCCGUCCUUCCCUCCUGCAGUGGGCGCAGCGGCUCAGGGAAGACAGAGGCUGCCAAACAGCUCAUGCGGUUCCUAAGUAGCCUGCAGCAGGAGCAGACGAGGGACAGAGGGUGGCAGCUGGACGAUGUGCUGCCCUUGCUAGGCAGCUUUGGCCAUGCCAAGACAGUCCUCAAUGCCAACGCCAGCCGCUUCGGCCAGGCCCUGCGCCUCUGCCUGCAGCAUGGAGUCAUCGUGGGAGCUUCUGUGUCACAUUAUCUGCUCGAGACCUCGAGGGUGGUGUUUCAGGGCCGGGCCUGCAGGCUCCAGGGCAAGGACGACGCCCAGGACUUCACAAGGCUGGCGAAGGCCCUGCAGGCGCUGGGCUUGUGCCCCGAGGAGCUGACGGCAGUCUGGGCCGUGCUGGCCGCCAUCCUGCACCUGGGCAACACCUGCUUCUCCUCCUCGGAGAGGGAGUCCCAGGAGGUGGCUGCCGUGUCCAGCUGGGUCGAGAUCCACACGGCAGCCCGGCUGCUGCGGGUGCCGCCCGAGCGCCUGGAGGGGGCUGUCACCAGGAGGGUCAUGGAGACUCCCUAUGGCCCGGCCUCAAGACCCCUGCCCCUGGAGAGCGCCAUCGAUGCCAGGGACGCGCUGGCCAAGGCCCUGUACUCCAGCCUCUUCUCCUGGCUUCUGGGGAGGACCAACGCGCAGCUGGCCCCGCCCGGCGAGGGAGGCGGCACAGACAACGUCACUGUCGUGGACGUCUACGGCUUUGAGGCUCUGCGGGUGAACGGCCUGGAGCAGCUGUGUAACAACCUCGCGAGCGAGCGCCUGCAGCUCUUCUGCAGCCAGAUGCUGCUGGCCCAGGAGGAGGAGGAGUGUCGGCGGGAGCUGCUGCCCUGGGUGCCCAUCCCCCAGUCUCCGAGGGAGUCCUGCCUGGACCUGCUGGCGGACCAGCCCCACAGCAUCCUGAGUAUCCUGGAUGCCCAGACACGGCUGUCCCAGGCCACAGACCACACCUUCCUGCAGAAGUGCCACUAUCACCACGGCGACCACCCCUGCUACGCCAAGCCCCAGCUGCCCCUUCCCAUCUUCACCGUGCGACAUUACGCAGGCCCCGUCACCUACCAGGUUCACAAAUUUCUAGACAGAAACCGGGAUUGCCUUGACCCAGCUGUGGUAGAAAUGCUCGCCCAGAGCCAGCUCCAGCUGGUGAGCAGCCUGCUCCAGGGAGCAGAGGCCCAGCUCGGAGGAGGGCGAGGCACAGCCACGCUGGCCUCUCAAUUCCAGCAGUCCCUGGGGGACCUCCUCGCCAGGCUGGGCAGGAGCCGUGUUUACUUCAUCCAGUGCCUCAGCCCCAACCCCGGCAAGCUUCCGGGCCUCUUCGACGUGGGGCACGUCUCGGAGCAGCUGCGCCAGGCAGGUGUCCUGGAGGCCAUCGGCGCCCGCAAUGCUAACUUCCCCGUGCGCGUGCCCUUCCGCACCUUCCUGGCCAGGUUCCGGAUCCUGGGGACCCCGGGGCAGGGAGAGUCCUCUGACCGGGAGAGGUGUGGUGCCAUCCUGAGCCAGGUGCUGGGGGCUGAGUCGCCCCUCUGUCACCUUGGAGUCACCCAGAUCCUGCUGCGAGAGCCUGGCUGGCGGCAGCUGGAACAGCACCGCGCCCAGCGGCGCUCCCAGGCGCUGCUCACCCUGCACAGCGGCCUCCGGGCCUACAUCUCCCGCCAGCGCCUCCGCCUCCUGCCACGGAUUCAGGCUCGUGUGCGGGGGCUCCAGGCCAGGAAGCGGUACCUCCGGCGGCGGGCGGCGCUGGGACAGCUGCACACCGUCCUGCUGGCGGCCCGGCCCCUGCUCUGGAGGCGGCGGCGCAGACUGCAGCUUGGGCUUUGGAGCGGCUGGCACGGCAGCGGGUCCUCCCAGAACGCGCCAAGCAUGGAGCUGGGGCGCCUGGAGAUCCCAGCCGAGCUGGCUGUCAUGCUGAGGACAGCGGAAGGCCGCCAGCACACUCUGGCCCAGAGCAUCACCGAGGCCAAGCCCCCGGAAGUUCCUGCUCGGCCCAGCCUGACCCUCCCGCCGGACAUCGACCAGUUCCCCUUCUCCAGCUUCAUCUCCACCGGCUUCCAGGAGCCAUCUCUGCCCACCCCUGGGCAGCUGCUGGCCAGGCCCCUGACCCAGCUGGUCGGCGAGGCCCCUCAGCGUGCCCUGGAUAUCAACAAGGUGAUGCUGCGGCUCCUGGGGGAGGAGUCCCUGCUGCCCUGGCAGGAGCAGGUCAUGGGCACGUACCUGGUGAGGCAGGGGCAGCGCCGGCCGCCCCUGCGGGACGAGCUCUUCAGCCAGCUGGUGGCCCAGCUCUGGCGCAACCCCAGCGAGCAGCAGAGCCAGCGCGGCUGGGCCCUCAUGGCCGUCCUGCUCAGCGCCUUCCCCCCUCUGCCCGCCCUGCAGAAGCCGCUGCUCAAGUUUGUGUCUGACCAGGCCCCCAGUGGCACGGCAGCGCUGUGCCAGCACAAGCUGCUGGGGGCCCUCGAGCAGACGCGGCUGGCCCCUGGGACCACACGUGCCCACCCCCCGACCCAGCUCGAGUGGACGGCCGGACGGCGGCGGGGCCGCAUGGUGCUGGACGUCUGCACUUUCAGCGAGGAGUGCUUCUCGGCGGAAGUGGAGUCCUGGACCACGGGGGAGCAGCUGGCCGGGUGGAUCCUGCAGAGAAGAGGCCUGGAGGGCAUUCCCCGUGGCUGGUCCGUGUCCCUGCAUUCUGGGGACUCCUGGCAGGACUUGGCUGGCUGUGACUUCGUGCUGGACCUGAUCGGCGAGACUGAGGACACGGGGGACCCUGCGGGUCCCUGCGACUACCCCAUCACCCCCCAGAGCUUGAUUAAGGACAUCCCUCCUGCCCCUGGCGUCCAGGCCCCCUCUCUGUUCCCAGGUCCUCCUCCAGGUCCAGCCCCGACACUGCCCAGCAGGGGCCACACAGGUGAGUCCCGGGCCUCAGGGAGCCUGGACAGCUACCUGGACGACAUCUUCCAGCCCGUCCUCUCCCCGGGCCUCAGUGACCUGGAGCAGGGCAGGGCUCUGAGCAGCCGCAUGAAGGGCGGGGGCGCCAUGGGGCCCAUGCAUCAGGGAAGCUACCCUAUGGCCUACCCAGGGAUGAUGCAGAUGCCUGGGUACCAGCCAGCUAUGAUGCCGCCACCCAUGCCCAUGAUGCCAGCAAUGGGCGCGGUCCCUGCCAUGCCAGCCAUGGUGGUGCCGCCACAGCCACAGCCGCAGCCGCAGCCCCUGCUUCCCAGCGUGGACGUAAGGCAGCUGGCAACUCAGCAGCAGAACUUCAUCAACCAGCAGGCGCUGAUCCUGGCCCAGCAGAUGACCGCCCAGGCCAUGAGCCUGUCCCUAGAGCAGCAGACACAGCAGCGCCAGCGCCAGCCCCGGGCAGCUCCGGCCGUUGCCCCCAAGCCUAAGAAGCCCCCAGUGCCCCAGAAGGAGCCGGAGUUGCAGCCGGAGCCAGAGCCAGAACCGGAGCCAGACAUGGUGGGUACCUGCCUGCAGCACACCUCGGAGGAGGCCCCGCUGGGUAAACACAGGCCCAAGAGCUUCCAGCAGAAGCGGGACUAUUUCCAGAAGAUAGGGCAGCAGCAGCCGAGCAAGAUGAAGACGGUGAAGCCUCCACCCAAGGUGCAGAUCCCCCAAGGGGAGGAGCAGGAGGAGGAGGAAGAGGAGGAGCAGGAGGAGGAGCAGGAGGAGGAGGAGGAGCCCCGUACAGGGCCAUCCCCUCCUGUGCCCCAGCCCCGGGUUGUGAAGAAGCCCCCACCGCAAGGCGGGGCCAAGGCGGCACUGAAGGCUGAGGCCGAGCCAGCCCGGGAGGCGGGGCCAGCCUGGGAGGCGGGGCCUGCACGCGGCCCCAGGCCAGCACAGGGCCGCCCACCCACGCCCAGCAGGGAGAUUGGUAACAUCAUCCGCAUGUUCCAGAGCCGCCCAGGCCCGGUGCCUGUGCCGGUGCAGCCAUCCAGGAAGCCUUCCCAAAUUUUCCAGAAGAAAAACACCCCCAAGGACGAGGCUCUGGCCAAGCUGGGGAUCGCUGGCGCCCACGUGCCCUCCUCGGUGCCGACCCCCAGCCCAGAGAAGGGCCCCCCGCCGGCGGUGGCCCCUAAACCCAAGACCCCCACCAGGGUACGGGCCUCCGACUCCAUCAAGAAGAAGCAGGUUCCGCUGCAGGAGCUGUUUGGCCAGAACCCGCCCAGUCCCCAGGCACCCCCACCUGCACCAGUGCCCCCGCUGCCUCCGCUGGAGGACUUGGGAACCCCUGCGGCGGAGCCCCACGGCCGGACGGAGCCCUGGGGGGACGAGGGCCCCCGCACCCAGCUGCUCGCGCCCUCCGGCAGCGUGUGCUUCUCCUACGCCAACACGCCCUGGAGGCUGUUCCUGCGCAAGGAGGUGUUCUACCCCCGGGAGAGCUUCAGCCACCCCUACAGCCUCAGGCUCCUCUGUGAGCAGAUCGUCAGGGACACCUUUUCCGAGUCCUGCACCCGGAUCUCCCAGGACGAGCGGAGCAAAAUGAAAGACCUGCUGGGAGACCUGGAGGUGGGCCUGGACUCACUCGUCACCGCUGAGGACAACGUCAAGAAGCGCAUUGUGGUGGCCGCGAGGGACAACUGGGCCAAUUACUUCUCCCGCAUUUUCCCCGUCUCGGGAGAGAGCGGCAGCAACGUGCAGCUGCUGGGGGUGUCCCACCGGGGGCUGAGACUGCUCAGGGUGGCCCACGGCCCCGGCGCCUGCUCCCAGCAACUGAAGACUCUCCGCUCCUACAGCUUCGCCGAGGUGCUGGGCGUGGAGUGCCAAGACGGUGGCUCUGCCCUGGAGCUGACGCUGAAGAGCGAGCAGCUGGUGCUGCGCACGGCCCGGGCAGGUGCCAUCAAGGCCACGGUGGAGCUCUUCCUGCAGGAGCUCAGGAAGGACUCCGGCUACGUCAUCGCCCUGCGGAGCUACAUCACCGAUGACCGCAGCCUCCUCAGCUUCCACCGUGGGGACCUCAUCAAGCUGCUGCCGGUGGCCCGCGUGGAGCCGGGCUGGCAGUUUGGUUCCACCGGGGGCCGCUCGGGGCUCUUUCCCGCCGACCUCGUGCAGCCGGCUCCCGCCCCCGUCCUCUCCUCGCUGGAGCAGAGGACUGACCAGUCCAAGAGUCAGCUGCGGAGCCGAGAGCCCAGCCCGGCUCCCAGGGAGGUGAGGAAGACAGGAGGGCAGGGCCACGCUCGCUCCCGGAGCUGGGCACUCAGUGACAGCUCGGAGACCACCUCUGGCCCGUCUGCCUCACCGUCCACGGACCCCCACAACUACAGCAUGCAGGAAUUUGCCCUGAAGUACUUCCGGAAGCCCCCGGCCUUGCCUGACCAGACUGGCAGGGGUGCUAACGGGAAAACCGAGGCCAGCCUGGUGCAGUACACCACGGACCCCAUCCAGGAAUCGCUCAUCAGCCUCAGUGACGAGGGCGUGAGCAGGCAGGCCGUGGAAAGCUUCCAGGCUCUGAUGCAGUUCAUGGGGGACCAGCCGAAGCUGCGGGGCAAGGACGAGGUGGAGCUGCUGUACCUGCUGCUGAAGCUGUGCCAGGAGAAGGAGAACCUCCGGGAUGAGAUCUACUGCCAGGUCAUCAAGCAGGUCACAGGACACCCCCAGCCGGAGCCCUGUGCCCGAGGCUGGAGACUCCUCAGCCUCCUCACCGGCUUCUUCCCCCCAUCCCCCACGCUGCUGCCCUACGUGACCAAGUUUCUGCAGGACUUAGGCCCGUAUCAAGAGCUGGCCUGCAGCAGCCAGGAGCACCUGCAGCGCACGGUCAAAUACGGCGGGCGCCAGCAGCUGCCGUCCCCGGGCGAAAUGCAGGCUAUCCUGAAAGGGAAGACGGACCGCCUGCUUCCCAUUCACCUGCCCGGAGGCCUGAGCUACAAGACCAACAUCUCAACGUUCACUGUGGCAGCAGAGGUGCUGGAGGAGAUGUGCGGGCAGAUGGGCAUCUCGGACCCCAAGGAGGUGCAGGAAUUCGCCCUCUUCCUCAUCAAAGGGGAAGGCAAGCUGGUGCGGCCCCUGCGGCCUCACGAGUACCUCAACAACGCGGCGGGGGGCCCGGACGCCAGCUUGCACAGCCGGCGGCUCAGCUGGGAGACGCCCCUGCACUUCGAUAACCCCACCUACAUCGGCGCCCACUACAGCCAGGUGCAGCGGGACUACCUGCAGGGGAAGCUGCCGGUCGGCACGCAGGCCGACGCCCGAGUUGCCAGGCUGGCCGCCCUGCAGCACCUCAGCAGGGCCCAGGCGGCGCCCCCAUCAGAGCAAGACCUGUCGGCUUACUUGCCGAAGCCGCUGAGAGGUCAGGUGGACGUGGCCACCACGGGGAGCCUGGUGGCUCGGGAGCUGAGGCAGCUGCAGGGGUGCAGCCCCCACGAGGCGCAGAUCGGCUUCAUCGAGGCCGUGAGCCAGCUGCCCCUCUUCGGCUGCACCGUCUACAUGGUCCUGCGCUCGAGCCAGCAGACCCUGCCCGGGCCCGGCCUCCUGGGGCUGAGCCGCCAGCGCCUCAUCCUCAUGGACCCCAGCUCCCAGACACCCCACUGCUCCAUCGCCCUGAGGGACCUGCGCCAGCUCCACCUGCUGAGCCCCCUGGACGAAGAGGGGCUCCCCGGCCUGGAGCUCAACUACGGCUCCGCCGACAGCCCCCAGACCAUCUGGUUUGAGCUGCCGCAGGCCCAGGAGCUGAAGCACACCAUCGCCUACCUGCUGGACGACGGCACUGAGUCCCCUUAGUGGCCGGCCUCAGCCGAGAGGAGGGGCACGGGGGUGGAGAGGAGGAAGGAGCCCCUCCCCGGACCAAAACCCAUCCGGACAGACGGUCCCCCUCGAGCGCUGUCGGGUCACUCCGACCUGGAUGUCCUGGCCCGGCUGGCCCACACGGAGGCCCCCAAGUUAGGGGCUGCUACUGUGACCUCAGCUGGGAGAGAGCAGCGGCACGGAUCCUUCU